CUCUCAAAAAUCUUUCGAGUAAGAUCAAAUAGAGUUAAAAAGGUAAAGGGUUUGGGAGUUCUGAGUGUAUCGAAUAAAGGUCUUGAAAACCUGUUUCUUCCACCGAGCUUCAACAAUGGCGACCGUCAUGCAGAAAAUCAAAGACAUUGAAGAUGAGAUGGCGAAAACGCAAAAGAACAAAGCUACUUCUCAUCAUCUUGGAACACUUAAGGCUAAACUGGCAAAGCUACGACGGGAUCUCCUUGCACCUCCAUCGAAAGGAGGUGGUGGUGGUGCUGGUGAAGGCUUUGAUGUUACUAAAAGUGGUGAUUCUAGAGUUGGUCUUGUUGGGUUCCCUUCAGUGGGAAAAUCAACCCUUCUAAAUAAAUUAACUGGUACAUUUUCAGAGGUAGCAUCCUAUGAAUUUACAACCUUGACUUGCAUUCCAGGUGUUAUCACAUACAGAGGGGCGAAAAUUCAGUUACUUGAUCUCCCUGGGAUUAUCGAGGGAGCGAAAGAUGGAAAGGGUAGAGGAAGACAGGUUAUCAGUACUGCCAGAACAUGCAACUGUAUUUUAAUUGUUCUUGAUGCAAUAAAACCAAUAACUCACAAGCGUCUAAUUGAGAAAGAGCUGGAGGGAUUUGGCAUAAGAUUAAACAAGGAACCACCUAAUAUGGCCUUCAGGAGGAAGGAAAAGGGUGGAAUUAACUUCACGUCAACUGUAGCAAACACACAUCUGGACCUUGAGACAGUGAAGGCCAUAUGUGGUGAAUACAGAAUUCAUAAUGCUGAUGUCUCACUGCGGUUUGAUGCAACUGCUGAUGAUCUCAUAGAUGUCAUUGAGGGAAGUAGGGUAUAUAUACCAUGCAUUUAUGUUGUUAAUAAGAUUGAUCAGAUUACACUCGAAGAGCUGGAGAUCCUGGACAAACUCCCUCAUUACUGCCCAGUCAGUGCUCACCUAGAGUGGAACCUUGACGGCCUUCUUGAUAAGAUAUGGGAAUAUCUUGACCUAACCCGUAUAUACACCAAACCAAAGGGGAUGAAUCCAGAUUAUGAAGACCCUGUAAUUCUAUCAUCCAAGAAGAGAACCGUAGAGGAUUUCUGCAUCCGAAUUCACAAAGAUAUGCUUAAGCAAUUCAAGUAUGCGCUGGUUUGGGGUUCAAGUGUGAAGCACAAGCCACAAAGAGUAGGCAGGGAACACGAACUCGAAGAUGAAGAUGUCGUCCAAAUUAUCAAAAAGGUGUGAUCAUUUCAAAGAACUCGGUUCUUUGGAUCCUACCGAAGUGUAUGAUGAGGACAUUGAUUAGACGGAAAUAUCUGAAUCAUGAAAAGAAAACUUCCUGAUGAGUUUUAUACUUCAGUUUACUCUGUUUAUCCAAAGUAAUUUUGCUAACUCGAGGAUCUGUAUUUUUCCCCCGUUUUUUUUUUCCCGAAAUUCCAGAUCUUUAAAUGUUGUCUUAGUUGUUGGACAUGUACUGAAAAAAACUUCUAAUAGCAGUUUAGGUUGGGCGUUCUGAUGUAAUAUUUAAAGCUUUUUAUGUCCGUAUUUACCGGUUACAGGUGGUGUUCUGUAUACAUAGGUGUCUUUUUUAACCUAAAUUUUGUGCGAUAGGAACUUCAUGAAUAAGAAAACUUGCUUAGGAGGUA